AUGGGGCAAGCAUGCCAGCGCCGGUCUCGCACAGAGCCGCAGCCGAAGUCGAAGCCGCCGACGCCGGCACAGGCUGCCCCGGAGCUGGUGGUAAAGCAGCAUGACCCAAAGAGGUACAACAACGACUACUCGCGGUUUGUGAAUAUCGAAGACUCCGACGAGGAGGAAGAGCCACAGCCCACAGGCGACAACACGGCUGAGGAGCUGGCGCCGCCAGAGCCGCCGGAGAUGGGGAAGAUGAACCCGACGCAGGACCAGCGACGGCGCAUCAAAGACGAUAUCAUGGAGCUUUGCCGCAAGAGAGCCACAGAGAACAUGAAGCAAGUACCGGAACCGCUGGUGGGAGCCGAGCCGCCGAACGCAACUGCUUGCAAGCUUCCACCGGACCACAAGCAGCCGGUGGGAACACUCACACUGGAGCAGCUUGCAAAGUACUCUUGCAGCAAUGACCGAAUGCUUUUGUCCUGCCAUGGAGACAUCUUCGAUGUGUCCAGUCGGCCUGACAUCUACGGAUACGGCCCAAAGUCUUGGCAAGCGGGCAAAGACAUCACCUGGUCUGUGGUCACUGGAAAGGAGCAGCCGAACCAGUGCAACCGCUUCUAUGACGUCUUUAAGUUGGACUCAGACCAUUGUGGUCGAUACCUGCAGAUGAUUUGUUCCCGGCUUCUGUCCUUGCAGGACGACUUCGGCGAACCCGUCGGGCGAUUGGAUCAGUUCGUGAAUGAGCGGCUGCUGCCGGCCGCCCCGACGAACGAAGUGGAGGUGAAUAUUCUGCGGCAGAAGGCAGCAGAGAAUCUGGCAAAACGGAGUGCCAUGGCCAAGUUGCUGCGAGCGCUGCCGACGCAGCAUGCGAAGACGGCCCUCCUUGACCUCAGAGCCUUGCGGCCCCAGUCUGCUGCCUCGAAGACGGCGUUUCCCAAGGAAUCGUCCCUCAUCGGGCCGAUGCAGGUGAACCCGGUGCUCUCCGAGUUUGACCUCGCACUGCAGAGGCUGCGCUCGCUGCACGAGGAGUCAAUGAUGCAGCUCCAGGCCAAGCUGCGCAGCUUGGACACAAAUGCAGAUGGCGUGGCAUGCGAGGCUGGAUCGCUUGUACUGCGGCUGCCUGAGCGGCACAUUGCCUUCGAGGAGAGCGAACCCAGAACAGUCAAGGAUCCGGAGUUUGUGGCCGAGAAAGAUGUGGCGGACACCACGCCUGUCACAGAACCAACAGAAGGCGCUGAUAUGGAGGAGGAUCCUUAUGACCGAAUCCGCAUGAGCCAAAUCGAUCUGAACAACAAGCUGAUGGAGCUGGACCAGGAGUUUGCCAGAACGACGGGAACCAAAUUCUUCCAAAUCGACCGGGCAGAGCUCAGCGUGACAUAUCUUGUGCGGCACCCUCUCUUCAAUUUGAUUACUGCAUUCAUGAUCAUCGUGAAUGCAGCACAGAUUGGAUACGAUGCAGAACUCACUGCCACAACCACGGGCGGCUCGCCACUGUGGAUGAACAUUUGGUCUCUGGUCUGCACCCUGUACUUCGCAGUGGAGUGCACACUUCGCAUUUGGACUUUCCGUCGGGAAUUCUUCUGCGGUGAGGCGUGGCCUUGGAACCUCUUUGAUUUGCUCCUGGUUGUGUGCUCAGCAGCAGACUUUGCACCAUUCCUGUACGGUGACGCAGAGAGCUCCAUCGUACUGGAUGCUUUGCGUGCGCUGAAGCUGCUUCGAAUCAUUCGUGUCUUCCGCGUCUUCCGGGUCAUCAAGCAGCUGUCCAACUUGAUGGUGAUGAUUGCCGACUCCAUCAACUCGCUUCUCUGGGCCUUGGUGAUGCUCGUGAUCAUCAUGUAUGUGUUUGCGGUCUGCAUCAUGACCUUCACCUCGGAUUGGGUGGCGACGUCGCCUGCUGAUGACCCGGUGGUGGGCCGCAUCCAGGAAGCUUUCGGAUCCCUGGGGCAGUCUUUCUUCACGCUAGUGGUGGUCAUGCUCGAUGGCGUGGACUUUGCGGACAUCCUGGAAGACCUCCUUCUGGUGGGUGUCUCGUCGAUGCUGUACCCAAGAACCCUGGGCUUCAUCAGGUCAGUAGGCUGGUUUUUUCAGAGAAGUGUGACAAGGAAACCUCAACCCUUUAGAACCCCAAACUGA